AUGCCUCUUGAUCGCGUCGCCGAUAUCAGCGACAAGACUGCCUCGUCGCGGCAGAAUCAUCCCGCACCACGAGGACUUUUCGGCUUAGGCGACGGCGGCAGCUUUUUCGAUGGCCCGCCACCCCAGGACGGCCCGUUCAACGGCCAGCCAUUUCCGGGCGACCAGUUUCCCGGGCAGCCUGUUCAAGUCGAUCCGUUCAACGGGCAGCCUGUUCAAGUCGAUCCGUCUAACGGCCAACCAGUUCAGGCCGGUCCGUUCAAUGGGCAGCCUGUUCAAACCGAUCCGUUCAAUGGCCAGCCUGUUGAAGUCGAUCCGUUCAACGGCCAGCCCGUCGGCCCAAACUUGGGCGGCUUUGAUGGGGUCAACAACGACUUGAGGCCCGGCCAGCCUGUCAAUGUUGUGCCAGGUACAAACCCCAACGGCAUUGACAAUGGCAACAACAACUUUCUCGAUAGGCAGCCCCAGAACGGUCAGACCCAGAACGGUCAGCUGCGGAACGGCCAGCCUUUGGAUGGCCAGCUCCUGAACGGCGGCAACGGGGCGGCAUGCACGAACCUGCAGGCGGUGCAGCGAGCCGUGAGAAACUGGCAGCAGAGAACAUCCAUCGUGUCCGACUUUCUCUCCGAGGCGGCUAACCUGCCACAGGGUCAAGUCGCCAACCGCGCAGCCCGGGCGCUCCAGGCCGAGAACGAGGAGCUCACGUCCAAGGCCACCAUAGACCAGAACUGCAGGCCGGACGCUCUGCAGGCGGCCAACUCUGUGCUAGAAGGCGGCGCGUUCCAACGGGUCGUCGACUCGCUGCAGAGGCUUGCCCAGAACGGCAACAACUUGAGCCCUGGCCAAGUCGCCACCAUCGUGCAGUCGACGAACCAGAACCGAUGCAGGAACGUGCUGCCCAACAUUGAUGAGUAUUUCCGCGUGGCGCAGGCCCAAGCGAGCGCGGUGCGGCCAGCUCAGUGCACCGCCGGGCUCGGCCUGCAGACCGUCGAGGCCCUCGCCGCGCACUCGCCCGCGCACAUCUGCUUCAUGGGCCGCAACGCCGACAAGGCCACCGCCAUCACGUCGCGGCUGCGCGACCGCCACGCCGGCCUGUCCAUCAGCUUCAUACGCUGCGACAUGGCGAGCCUCGCGUCCGUGCAGGCCGCGGCGCGCGCGUUCCUCGCCCUGCCCGACGUGCCGGCGCAGCGCCUCGACGUGCUGGUCUGCAACGCGGGCGUCAUGUGCGUCGACCCGGGCGUCACCACCGACGGCUACCAGGUCGAGUGGCAGACGAACCACCUCGGCCACGCGCUGCUCAUCAAGCUCCUGCUCCCGCGCCUGCGCGCCACCGCCGGCCUGCCCGGCGCGGACGUGCGCAUCGUCAACCUCACGUCGCAGGCGUACCGCCAGGCGCCGCGCGGGGGCAUCGACUUCGCGAGCCUGCGCACCGCGCAGGAGACACUGGGGAACGCGCUGGUGCCGGGCCACCGCUGGUCGCGCUACGGGCAGAGCAAGCUGGCCAACAUGCUGUACGCGGACGCGCUGGCGGCGCGGCACCCGGAGGUGCUGUGCGCGUCGGUGCACCCGGGGUACAUCUUUACGGAUCUGUUCACGGGGGUACCGUUCUUCACGAAGCUGCCCGUGUUUUUUAUCGCGAUGGGGCAGACGCUGGGCGUGGAGGAGGGGGCGCACUCGCAGCUGUGGGCGGCGACGGCGCCGAGGGGCGAGGGGGAGGGCAUGGUGAGGACGGGGACGUAUUAUGAGCCCGUGGGGGUGGCGGCGAAGAGGACGACGGGGGAUUCGAGGGAUGGGAAGCUGGCGGAUGAGUUGUGGGAGUGGACGGAGGAGGCGCUGCGGGAGUGGUCGUGA